GCGAGCGUUGGAUGCGAAAGGCGAUAGAUUUGCUGAUGUUAUUGCAUAUGUGUAGGCCGUUAUUCGUAAUGGAUUUGAGUGUGGAGUUGCUGUUCCGUUGUAGAAAGGAGAAAAGAAUCAAAUAAUUUAGAUAUUGUGGAAAAUUCGUCGACGCCGAGGAAAAGAUCGUGGAGAAAACAUUCACUUUGCAGGACCGUCACACUUAGCUUGCAUUGUUUGCAAAGCACAUUUUAUCGCCUUUCAUUUCUAUUUCGGGGUUGAAUUUUAGAAAUAUUCGUGAGACAUGACUACUGAGGAAAGAUCGGAUAAUUCUGGUCAUACAGAUGACAGUGGGUCUGACAGUGAUGAAGAUGUAUCUGGGGAGCAUGUUAUUUCUUCAACGGAAGAAUGUCAACCGCCUUACUAUGAGCAUAUUGAAGAGAAUGAGUACUUAUUUGACAGAAAGAAGAAAGUCAACAAGGAAGUGCGCAGAAUGCAGUGCGAUUGUACCUUAGAUUCUGAUGAUCCAUUUUCCAAUGGUUGUGGCGAGGACUGUCUUAACAGAUUGUUGAUGAUAGAAUGUAACAGCAGAUGUGCUUGCGGAGAGAUGUGUAGCAAUAAACGUUUUCAACAGGGCUGUAAAGUGAAAGUUGAAGUGUUUAAAACAGAGAAGAAAGGCUGGGGAUUGAGAACUCUUGAAGAUCUGGAAUCGAAUCAGUUUGUUAUGGAGUACUGUGGAGAAGUCAUGAACUACAAAGAUUUCCAGGAAAGAGCAGAGCGUUAUGAUAGAGAAAACAGAAGACACUACUACUUCAUGACAUUGAGAGCUGAUGAGCUAAUUGAUGCCACCUACAAGGGGAACUUGUCUCGGUUUAUCAACCACAGCUGUGACUCAAACUGUGAAACUCAAAAGUGGACUGUCCAUGGCUUGUUGAGGAUUGGAUUUUUUACUCAGAGACCCAUCCCAGCUGGUGCAGAGCUCACGUUCGAUUACAAACUGCAGCGCUAUGGGAAAGUUGCUCAGAUUUGCCAUUGUGAAGCACCAAAUUGUCGUGGAUUUAUUGGAGGAGACAAGCAAACACCUCUGAAGAACACAGUGGAAAGAAUAACAACCCCACCUAUCACAAGCUCACCAAGGAGGAGACGAAAAAAGCAAACAAGGAACUUGUCAAAUGAAUUUGAUGAUAUGACGUUGGAAGAUGAGGUUGAGAAACUUCUAGGUGAUCACAGAGGGUUGGUACACAGUGACCAGGCAUUGAGGCUGUCCAGAUUGAUGGUGCGGGCAGAGACUAUGGAACAGAGGAUAAUGCUUCUGAAAAUCCUUCAGGUAUUUGAUAACCAGUUCCAUGUGUGUCUCGGACAAUCCCUCUCAAAGAAGGUUGGCAGAAUUUUGCUAGAGACAUUGAAAUGCCUUCCCAUAGCAACAAAGAACCAACUUGAAGAUAGCAAGGUAAUAAAGGUGGUGAGAAAAUGGGCGUCGUCAUUCUGUCCGACUGUCGAAGCGGGGUCCAGCAGUGGACAGGAGUCACAUGGCAACAGUCCGGCAGAUUCAGAAUGUACGGCAGGAACAGAAGAUAAUGAUGACGAAAACCAGCAGUUAGCAAAAUCCAUUGAUGGAGAUAAGAAAGCUAUUGGUAGCCUUGUGCUAUUUGAACGGCAAAGCUCUAUCAAGGACCAAUCAGAUGAUGAAUCUUUGGAUGCAGAAGUGGCCAGUUUUAUUGUCGACAAGACUGUAGAUAGCAGGACUAUAAAGAACAAACUGCUGCCAGAGAACUUUGAGAAAUCCCCUGAUGACCUUUCAGAGGACGACCUCAGAUCUGAGGACGAGCGAUUGCCUGAAAGCGGCAUCGGACUAAAGGCGAAUGAGCUGUUGAAGUCAUGGAGUUCACUGAAGGAAGUUUACCGAAUACCGAAGAAAACUGCAACUCCAGCCAAGCAAGACCGUGUUGCUGAGUUGUUAGUCGCAGCUAGCCCAGCAGGAAGUGGUGACGGUGAUCAUGCAAGGACUCCCAUUGAGAACAUCGGUUCUCCAGGAAAAUUAGAUGCCAUCAUGAAGAGUUUACAGGACUCUCCCAAACCCCUCUAUCCAUCUGAAUCCAGAACUCCGCCUGUUUCUCAGGGAUUCUCUACCUGUAGUGAAGACACUGAGAUGCCGCAAGACUCUUCGAGUGCCACCCCUCCGUCAAAAACUGGUGACUUCAGUGCUUUGGAAUUCGGAGAAGACGUGGAUACCCAAGCGGAUUCAACUCCUGAUAAAGGAGAAGGAACUCAUUCAAGUUCACGGGAUUCUGUUGAAGUUACUCAGAAGCAAGAUUCGAAAUCACAGAACAUGAUGCAGACAUUCGGUUAUCAACAGCGCAUGAGCGUCAGUGUGGAGCAUGGGAUGGGCUCUUUCCAACAUAAACCCGGCCGCAAAAAGAAAAAGAAAAAAUGGAAUCAAUUGCAGAACUUUUUUCAGCAACAGGGAAGAAAUCCUCAAGGAUUGCUAGAUAAAAACGCUGGGAACUUUAACGUGAAUCCUCAAACAAACUUAAGACCUCAGCAAGGUGCGGCGACGCAGUGGAGAGGUCAGUCGCAAAAUCCCCCUGCGACUUUCCAAAUGGGAAACCAAUUCUUCUGCAGCAGCGGACCAGCAGUUGGACAAGAUCAAGGACCACGGCCACAAAGUAUAGUUUCUGGAAGUUUUGUGGGAAAUUUCUCUCAACAACCUCCACCACUACCAAACUUUAAUGUACCUCCUCCUAAUAUGUCACCUAUGGAAUUUUUUCGCAAAGUUCCACCACCUAAUAUCCGUCCGCAGACUCAUCCAAUGAUUCCUCAGCAGCUACAGCCAAAUCCGCUUAUACCGCCCCCUCAGCAAGUACCUCCUCCACCCCUUCAGAGUAGUCAAUCGCAGUUCUUUCCACCCAGUCAACCUACCCCCUCUUACACUCGGCUUCCUCCUCCGCCACCUUUUCAAGCCAAUGUUACGACUCCACCAACAACACAGUUUUCACACUCCAACCCUAACCCUAUUCAACAGCAAUUUCCUCAAAGCAUCCAGGCUGCUUUUCCACCACAGCAGAAUCAGUUUCAAUUUAAUACACCCCCUCCAAACCUCAACAUCGCGGCCGCUCAACAGGGGAAUUCAGCUGGAAAUAUACCAGGGCCUCUGCAGCAGGUGACUGGUCCAACAGAAAGUGUACCACAACCCGAGUUGGGGUCGCUCUCUGUUCAAACUGGAGCUGUGACGACGUCGAUGUCAGAUGCUUUUGAAUGCAGAGAGGGCUUUCCUUCAGAUUCAGAACCGUGCACGCCAUCACCUGUGAAACACAAACUACCGGGGCAUCUCCCUCCACAUUGGAAAUCAGCCACCGAUAGCCAAGGAAAAGUUUACUACUAUCAUGCCCUAACAAGGAAAACCCAGUGGGAUGUUCCAAGCUGGGACAGCAGCCCUUCAUCAGAGGAAGAACACCCUUAUGUUGUCCCAGAACCUGAUCAUACAAGUAUUUCUGCUCACAGCUACGUUGAUAUGGACGAGGAUUCACCACCAAAACCCAAAAUAAAGAAAUUAGCAAAGGCUCCUACAACACCUCCGGAAACCCCCCCUGAAAGCCCGACGCUUACUUAUACCACAGCUCCAGCAGAUACCACUGCACACAGGAGGGGGGAUCACUUGCUGAGAGAUGGUACCUCAAGCAGCUCUUCGUCACACCAGAGCAAGAACAGAGAGCUUUUUAGAAUGAAGCUUUCUAAUGUGGUCGUUAACUGCCUAAAUCCUUUCUUCAAAGUUGACUGUAAAUCAGGCAGGAUCCUGAAUACUGACGAUUUCAAGUAUUUGGCAAGGAAGUUAACGCACGGAAUCCUGAAUAAGGAGAUGAGCCACUUAAAAGAAGAUGACUCAUUGCAGUGCAAUGACUCUGUCAAAAUCAAAACAAAAGAGUACAUUAAGAACUAUAUGAAAAAGUUUGGAGCUGAAUAUAAGAGAUCCUAGUUAGUAA